AAGAUGAUCGUGUUCUGUGUUACACUGCUGCUCCUUCAUCAAGGAUAUACACUGGUUCCAGUGACCACAGUUCAACUCGGUGAACCUGUGACCUUCACAUGUGUUUCUGAGUUGAACCAAAGAUUUCAUUGGUACAAGCAAACUGCUGGGGAAAAUCUGAAAUUAAUUGUGUCAAUGCGGAAAAAUACAAGCCCUGUGUAUGGACCAGACUUUUCUGCCUCGAGAUUGGAAGUAAAAUUAAAUAAGAACAUGAGCAUUCUGACUAUUUUGAAGACGAAAGAAGAAGAUGAGGGAAUGUAUCACUGUGCAGAAGUGGAGUGGACUAAAAUUACUUGGAGUGCAACCUAUUUGUCGUUAAGAGGAAAUACUCAGAGGACAUCAAACUAUGCUGUUGUUCAGUGGUCGACAGUAUCUGAUCCAGUCCGUCCAGGAGACUCAGUGACUCUGCAGUGUUCAGUCCUCUCUGACUCUGAGAACAAGACGUGUUCAGAAGAUCACAGUGUGUUCUGGUUCAGAGCCGGAUCAGAUAAAUCUCAUCCAGACAUCAUCUACACUGAUGGAAACAGACAUGAUCAACGUGACAAGAGUCAGAAACGCUGUGUUUAUCACUUCUCUAAGAACGUCAGCUCCUCUGAUGAUGGGACUUACUACUGUGCUGUGGCCACAUGUGGGGAGAUAUUAUUUGGAAAUGGAUCAAAAGUACAAAUCGAGAGUAAAACAAGUUAUGAGUUAAUUGCGCUGGUGGUAGCAGUCGUCUGCCUGAUCAUUUCUGUGAUUGGAAAUAUUGUUUUCAUCUGUUACCGAACUCCAAGAGCAGGAUGUGAACAAUUUAAAGGAAUAGAAAGCGUCUCUUCACAAUCACGACACGACAACUCGAUCCCACCAGUCAAUGAUAAUACUGAAGGUGGAGAUGAUCUGAACUAUGCUGCACUGCAUUUAUCUGGUAGAAAAGCUACAAGAGGAAGGAAGAAGAGAGAGACUGAAGAAAGAACAGAUCAGUUCCUGAAGAAGUUGUUUGAGGAACACAUCAGUUGUUUUUAUACUGAUAUACUCCAAACACUGACAUUCGUAAUAUAACCAUAUAGAUUCACGAACGCCAUGGCCCUCCUGGGCCAGUGAAUGGUGCCAUGCUUUUAUUUUGUAACACUGGAGCCCUGAUUUAAAAGUAGUAAACUAGCCUCUAACAUUUAGAAGUGUAUGAGUCAAUGCCAAAGUAGGAGUUAACGAGUUCUGUCCAAAGACACUGAACAAAGGAGGAGGUCCUCGGCCUCAUCUGGGCAAGGCAGUUUUAUCUAUAAAGUGUUUACAUUGGCAAAUAAAAUUAAAUAAACAAUAAAAACCAGAAUGGAAAUCAGUUAAAACAGAAAGUAACACUCCAUAUGAAGAUGACAUGUAAUAGGUUAUAAUGGUAUUUAUAGUGAAUUAUAAUGCAGUCAUAAUGCUUUAUUGACUGCCCUUCUAAACAUGCAUAAUGCUUUCUGAUGCACUAUAUCAACAGUCAUAAAACAUUACAGAUGUGACCUUUAAUAAAUUAUA